AUGAGACUGUUGGUGAUCUCGAUCAUCUGCUUGGCGACACGGUCCGCCGAUUGCCGGGCAGUGGACGGCGAUUCGAGGGAGAAGGAAGUGGGAAGGCACAAACGAAGGUUCACCGUGGAUCAGCUUCUGAACUCGAAGUUCCCGCACGGGAUCAGCGAUGAUCUGGAUGCGGACGUGUGUAAAGCGGGUGGUUUCCUAGGCGAUAUCGCUCUGCCAAAUAUUCAGUACGAGACAGAAUGGCGUCAGCAGAAGCUGAACAAGAGUUACCUGGAGGAGCUGGAGAAGUAUCGGGACGAGGUCCUGAAAGAGGGUCUCCAGGUCGAGGAAGAGGGUCUCACAGAGAUCCUUCAGUUUAAAAACGGGCACGAGGCUAACGAGCCGCAUCAGGAGCGCGAUGAGAUCGUCGCUUCUCGAGAGAAAUCCGAACCAAUUAUGGUGGACCGGAAUCAAUACAGCAUGGACGGCGGCGAGGCCGAGGGUGGAUUCAGUUUUAACGCGAGGAAUGACGACGUCGGGCCAGGGGUGAGGGACGAGGGCGUUGAAUUCAGAUUGGAAUCGACGACUCCGUCGACGAAGAAGAGGCACUCAGCUCGAAAACAGAGUCAUCAACCCCCAAUCUCGAGCGUGAACGCCUCGAAGCCCCUGAAUACUUUUCUGAAAUCAUCGCGUGUGUCGAACGCGUCACCUACCACCACCGAAAGCACCAAUCCGAUGGUGAACGUCGAGGAUGUGUUUGCCGUUGAUACGGAAACCAGCACGCAGAACGUGUCGAAGCGGCGUCAUCGUCGCCAUCAUCGCAGAAGAUCCUCCAGAAAAAGACACAGACGUCGUAAGCUGCCGGAGGUCCGUGCCGACUUUGGCGACGGUACAGACGAGGUGGUGUCGUUGCACGAUCGACGGCUCCGGGCGAUCGAGUUCUACGAGGUGGAACACAAGUCGAAGUAUUUGGCGAACAAACGUGGUACCACCAGAAACAGUCUUCCGAGCCGGACGAGGAGGGCCGCGACCGCCCGCAAGGAGCGCGUGUGGGACCACGGGGUGAUACCCUAUGAGAUCGACGGGAAUUUCUCCGGCGCUCACAAAGCCCUCUUCAAACAAGCGAUGCGACACUGGGAGAACUUCACUUGCGUGAAAUUCGUCGAGAGGGUCCCAGCCGAGCAUCCUAAUUAUAUACUCUUCACGGAGAGGCCCUGCGGAUGCUGUUCCUUCGUCGGGAAAAGGGGUAACGGGCCACAAGCUAUAAGUAUUGGAAAGAAUUGCGACAAGUUUGGAAUAGUUGUUCACGAAUUGGGGCACGUCGUUGGCUUCUGGCACGAACACACUAGACCCGAUCGAGACCGUCAUGUGCAGAUUAUUCGUGACAAUAUCAUGUCCGGUCAGGAAUAUAAUUUCAACAAACUCACGGAAGAAGAGGUGAAUUCCCUCGGUUUGCCAUACGAUUACGAUUCAAUCAUGCACUACGCGAAAAAUACGUUUUCGAGGGGUACGUACUUGGACACGAUCCUUCCAAUGGAAAGGGACGGGAAGAAACGUCCUGAGAUUGGUCAGAGGCUUCGCCUUAGCGAGGGUGAUAUCGCUCAAACGAAUCUUCUCUACAAAUGUUACAAAUGCGGUAGAACCUUCCAAGAGAACAGCGGCUCCUUUGGAUCCCCGACACAUCCGAACAGUUCGCCGCCGAUCGACGGUGAACGAUGCGAAUGGCGGAUAACCGCGACCCAUGGUGAACGGAUCGUGUUGAACAUCACGUCGUUGGACAUAUUCAAAAGCAACUUUUGCCGCAGCGACUAUCUGGAGAUCCGAGACGGAUACUGGUACAAGAGCAACGUUCUCGGCCGGUAUUGCGGCAGCGGGAAGAUCCACGAGCCCAUCGUCUCCACCGGAAGUCGUAUGCUGGUGACAUACGUGACGUCCACCCGUCAAAGCGGUCAUCGUGGUUUCACGGCGAGCUACGAGGCCGUUUGCGGGGGCGAGGUCGAGCUGGACGCGAGCGGCCAUUUGGAGUCGCCGAAUUACCCGGAGGAGUACCAGUCCAGCAAAGAAUGUAUCUGGAAGCUAUCGGUGCCGGAGAACUUUCAAGUGGCGUUGAAGUUCCAGUCGUUCGAGAUCGAGAACCACGACAAUUGCGUGUACGACUACGUCGAGGUCCGUGACGGUCACAAUCCGGACUCGCCGUUGAUCGGAGUUUAUUGCGGCUACAAAAUACCGCCAGACAUCAAAUCCACCGGGAACAAACUACUGGUGAAGUUCGUUAGCGAUGUGUCCGUGCAGAAGGCUGGAUUUUCAGCCACGUUUAUGAAAGAAUUCGACGAGUGUGUUCUGAUCGAGCACGGCUGCGAGCACGACUGUAUCAACACUCUGGGAGGAUUCGAGUGCGCUUGCAAACCGGGUUACGAGUUACAUUCCGAUGGUAAACACUGCGAGGAUGCCUGCGGCGGAGUGUUCGAGGACAGCAACGGAACCAUCACCAGCCCUUCAUUUCCGGUAACCUAUCCCGGAAACAAGGACUGCGUAUGGGAGAUCGUGGCACCGCCACAGUAUCGUAUCACGUUGAACUUCACGCAUUUCGAUCUGGAGGGUAACAGGGCCCGGCAGCAAGAAUGCGAAUACGAUUCCGUCGAAGUCAGUAGCAAACUGGGCGAGGAUAUUCUGCGGCAACACGGUAUUUUCUGCGGAUCCAGGCUGCCACCGUUAAUCACGUCCGAGGGAAACUUUAUGAGAGUCACAUUCACGUCCGACAACAGUAUUCAGAAGACGGGGUUCGCAGCUGUUUUCUUUACGGACAUGGACGAGUGUGCAAACAACAACGGCGGCUGUCAACACGAGUGCAGGAACACAAUAGGCUCUUAUCAAUGCUCGUGUCACAACGGAUUCACGCUCCAUGAAAACGGACACGAUUGCAAGGAGGGUGGUUGCAAAUACGAAAUCGUCGCACCGAUGGGCACUAUCACGUCCCCGAAUUAUCCGGACCAUUAUCCCGGCCUGAAGGACUGCGUUUGGCAUUUCGUUACCAAGCCUGGACACCGAAUCAAAUUAGUUUUUAAAGUCUUCGAGAUGGAAUCCCAUCAGGAAUGUGCUUACGAUCAUAUCGCCAUUUACGACGGCGAUUCUCCGGACAGUCAUAUCCUUGGGAAAUUCUGCGGCACUAAGGAGCCUCAUCCAAUCCUAGCUACAGGAAAUCAAAUGUAUAUGGUUUUCAAGAGCGACGUUUCCGUCCAGAGGAAAGGCUUCAUUGCAACUCACAGCACUGCUUGCGGUGGCCACCUGCUGGCAACGAACGAGAAGAAAUAUUUAUACUCGCACGCGAAGUACGGCUACCACACUUACGACCAUAGGACAGACUGCGAUUGGGCAAUCGUGGCACCGUUCGGGAAGAACGUGCAGUUGACAUUCGUCGCGUUCCAGCUCGAGUUCGAGGCCGACUGCAGCUACGACUACGUGGAGGUGUACUCCGGGCUGGACACUUCCGGUCCUAUGUACGGACGAAAUUGCGGUAGCGGCAAUAUCACGGAGAUCAUAUCGAUGACCGAAGCGCUGCUGGUACGAUUCAGGACCGACGACACGAUAUCGACCAAAGGAUUCGUGGCGGUGUACGUCGCGGUCGACAUCCAGGACAGCGCCGAGAAGGGUUAUGGUGAGGAGGAAAACCUCUGA